GUUUGGGGAGACAGGAAGUGAGGCUCCCGAGCCCCAUGAGCGCGCCGCGGUGCGGGCGCGGCUGCGGCGGCCGCGCGGCGGGGCCCCGGGAGGCGGGCCGCUGAGCCGGGCGCGCGGCCCCGAGGAUGCGGGCGCCGGAGCAGCCCUGGUGUGGAUGCCCCCGUCGCCCGGCCUGUGGAGACUCAGUUACGUUUUAAUGGCGGCAGCAGCUGCUGGGUGAGCAGCUGGGGACUGUGCUACCCUCCUGGCAGGAGGGCAGGAGAGGAGAGGAGAGAUCGCCCUCCUCCCCGGGCACCGCCGCCGCAUUGGUGGCCGUGCUUUCCCCUCUUUACCCUUCUACUCUUGAAGAGAGAAGAAGAUGCCACUGCCAUUCGGAUUGAAACUCAAACGCACCCGGCGCUACACGGUGUCCAGCAAGAGCUGCCUGGUUGCCCGGAUCCAGCUACUCAAUAAUGAGUUUGUGGAGUUCACGCUGUCUGUGGAGAGCACAGGUCAGGAGAGCCUGGAGGCUGUGGCCCAAAGGCUGGAGCUGCGGGAGAUCACGUACUUCAGCCUCUGGUACUACAACAAGCAGAAUCAGCGCCGGUGGGUGGAUUUGGACAAGCCUCUGAAGAAGCAGCUGGAUAAGUACGCCUCGGAGCCCACCGUCUCCUUCGGAGUGGUGUUCUACGUGCCUUCCGUGUCCCAGCUGCAGCAGGAGGUCACCAGGUAUCAGUAUUAUCUGCAGCUGAAGAAAGAUAUCUUGGAAGGAAACAUUCCGUGUACAUUAGAACAAGCAAUUCAGCUAGCAGGCUUGGCUGUUCAAGCUGAUUUUGGUGACUUUGAUCAGUAUGAAUCCCAGGACUUCCUUCAGAAAUUUGCCUUAUUUCCUGUGGGCUGGCUACAGGAUGAAAAGGUAUUGGAAGAAGCAACCCAAAAAGUGGCCUUACUGCAUCAGAAGUACAGAGGGCUCGCAGCUCCUGAGGCGGAAAUGCUGUACAUGCAGGAGGUGGAGAGGAUGGAAGGCUACGGAGAAGAGAGCUACCCUGCGAAGGACAGCCAGGGCAGCGACAUUUCCAUCGGAGCCUGUCUGGAGGGCAUCUUUGUGAAACACAAGAACGGAAGGCCUCCUGUGAUAUUUCGGUGGCACGAUAUUGCUAACAUGUCCCACAAUAAGUCGUUCUUUGCCUUAGAGCUGGCGAGUAAAGAGGAGACCAUCCAGUUUCAAACGGAAGAUAUGGAAACAGCAAAAUACAUGUGGAGACUCUGUGUGGCGAGGCACAAAUUUUACAGACUAAAUCAGUGCAGCCUGCAAACGCCGACCGUCACCGUGAACCUGAUCAGGAGGAGGUCUUCUUCCAGGAUGUCUCUGCCUAAGCCUCAGCCCUAUGCGAUGCCCGCCCCACCCCCGCUGCAUUACAAUGGACAUUACACAGAACCCUACACUUCUUCUCAAGAUAACCUCUUUGUGACCAACCAGAAUGGAUACUACUGUCACUCUCAGACCAGCCUGGAUCGAGCCCAGAUUGACCUCAACGGUCGCAUCCGCAACGGCAGUGUCUACAGCGCACACAGCACCAACUCCUUGAACAACCCCCAGCCCUACCCGCAGCCCUCACCCAUGUCCUCCAACCCCAGCAUCACCGGGAGCGACGUCAUGAGGCCCGACUACGUCCCGUCUCACCGGCACAGCGCGCUGAUCCCCCCGUCCUACCGCCCGACCCCCGACUACGAGACGGUGAUGAAGCAGCUCAACCGGGGGAUGGCUCAUGCGGAGCGGCAGAGCCACUCGCUGAGAAACCUCAACAUCGGCCACUCGUUCGCCUACAGCAGGCCCGACGCGCUGGUCUACAGCCAGCCCGAGAUCCGGGAGCACGCCCACUUCCCCUCUCCCCAGUCGGCCCACUACCCGUUCAGCCUGAACUACAGUUUCCACAGCCAGUCCCCGUACCCCUACCCCGCAGAGCGACGGCCCGUGGUGGGCGCCGUCAGCGUGCCCGAGCUGACCAACGUGCAGCUCCAGGCCCAGGACUACCCGGCUCCCAACAUCAUGAGGACUCAGGUGUACCGCCCGCCCCCGCCGUACCCGUACCCGCACCCGCGGCCCGCCAACAGCACCCCCGACCUGUCCCGCCACCUCUACAUCAGCAGCAGCAACCCCGACCUCAUCACGCGGCGCGUCCACCACUCGGUCCAGACCUUCCAGGAGGACAGCCUGCCCGUGGCCCACUCCCUGCAGGAGGUCAGCGAGCCCCUCACCGCCGCGCGGCACGCUCACCUGCAGAAGAGGAACAGCAUCGAGCUCGCGGGGCUGACGCACAGCCUCGACGGCAUGAGGCUCAAGGACAGGGCCCUGUCGGCCUCGGCCGCAGACGUGGCCCCGCGGGCCAGCUCCGCGGGCUCCCAGCCAAAUGUCUUCCCAGACCGGACGAGACGGGGAGAGACGGCCGAGCAGGAAGGCCUGAGAUACGGUCACAGCAAGUCCCUUUCGGAGGCCACCAUGCUGAUACACAGCAGCGACGAGGAGGAGGAGGAGGAGCCGGAGGAGGACAGCAGGGCACGGGCUGUGCUCUCCCCACGGGCACGUGAGCCCCGGGGCAGUUACUCCCAGGAGCCGCAGGCGGGCUGCUCCUGCGCCUCGGCCUCCGCAGGCGCGGGCCCUCUGCACAUCCACGAGCCCAAGGCCCAUGUCACCGAGGCCGAGAGGCGGGGGAGGGAGGGCAGCCCGGUGCACGUGCCGGCGGAGGCCCAGCGGCCCCGGCGGGACGGGCUGCUGACGCCCUCCAUGUCCGAGUCUGACCUCACCACGUCGGGGAGGUACCGGGCCAGGGAUUCUCUGAAGAAGAGGCCGGUGUCCGACCUCCUCUCGGGCAAGAAGAACAUCGUUGAAGGGCUUCCGCCGUUAGGGGGAAUGAAAAAGAGUCGAGUAGAUGCAAAAAAAAUGGGUCCUCUCAAGCUGGCUGCCCUGAAUGGACUGUCGCUGUCUCGCCUGCCUCUGCCCGACGAGGGGAAGGACGUGUCAGCCAGAGCCACCAAUGAUGAGAGGUGUAAAAUUCUGGAACAGCGGUUGGAACAGGGAAUGGUGUUCACAGAAUAUGAAAGAAUCCUUAAAAAACGGCUGGUCGAUGGGGAGUGCUCAACGGCACGACUCCCGGAAAAUGCCGAAAGAAACCGAUUCCAGGACGUGCUUCCCUAUGACGAUGCCAGAGUGGAGUUGGUCCCAACCAAAGAGAACAACACUGGGUACAUCAACGCAUCCCAUAUUAAGGUCUCUGUCAGUGGGAUGGAAUGGGACUAUAUCGCCACGCAGGGCCCACUGCAGAACACCUGUCAGGACUUCUGGCAGAUGGUGUGGGAGCAGGGAAUUGCCAUUAUAGCGAUGGUGACAGCGGAAGAGGAGGGCGGAAGGGAGAAGAGCUUUAGGUACUGGCCACGCCUUGGUUCCCGGCACAACACCGUCACCUACGGAAGGUUCAAGAUCACCACCCGGUUCCGCACAGACUCGGGCUGCUACGCCACCACCGGCCUGAAGAUGAAGCACCUGCUCACGGGGCAGGAGAGGACGGUCUGGCACCUGCAGUACACGGACUGGCCGGAGCACGGCUGCCCCGAGGACCUCAAGGGGUUUCUGUCAUACCUUGAGGAGAUCCAGUCUGUCCGACGCCACACAAACAGCACGAGUGAACCCAAAGGCCCCAACCCCCCGCUGCUGGUCCACUGCAGUGCGGGGGUGGGGAGGACCGGCGUCGUCAUCUUGUCCGAGAUCAUGAUCGCCUGCCUGGAGCACAACGAGGUGCUCGACAUCCCACGGGUGCUGGACAAGCUGAGGCAGCAGAGAAUGAUGCUGGUGCAGACCCUGAUCCAGUACACGUUCGUGUACAGAGUUCUCAUCCAGUUCCUGAAAAGCUCCAGGCUCAUAUAAGCUCCCACGGCUGCCGAAGGGGACCCGCCCAUGUGAAGCGUUUACAGUCAGAACGGGGCCCGCCUGACUCACAUUCACCCCUCGACACUCGUCCACGCAGAAGGCUCACUGGGAAGUAAGGGCGGAGUGGAUGCCGGCACUGAGGGAGCGUGAAGGCUGCGGGGGACGUCACCUGGGACGAUGCCGGAGAUGGAGGACUUGGUGUCCAGGGAGUGGCCCUGCCCGGUCUGUCCGAUUUGCAGCACUUGCACACAUUUUUGGAGACUGUGUUUUCUAGACAAUUCUGUAUUUUACUGAAGCUAUGCUGGGCAACUCUGGCAAUCAUUAACAGGCAUAGAUUUGUAUCUUAAACAAGUUUUUGCUAAUGGAAUUUUGUUUCAUGACUAAAAUAUUUGGGGGUUUUCUUGUUGAGAAACUGAACUUUUCCGUGGAGAUCACCCACAAAUAUGAGUGGUUCCUUUGUAACUUUGUAUUUAAAACCAUGUUAUUAUCUUUUGAUAUUUUUAAAAAACCUUGGGUACUUAACAGUUUAGUUACCAAAUCCAAACUACAAGAAGGAUUUACAAGUGUUAUUUUGAAACAUGAAGAAAGCAUUAUUAUAUUCAGAAACAUUUUUUAUCCUAAAAAUUCAUAUAUUUUUUACCUUCUAUAUUUUCCAAAUCAGAGUUUGACUCAUUAAGGUACGGAAACGAAUCAGUUAAGGGAAAGCUGUGAAUGAAGGCACAUCAUUUUAAAAUGGAAGAGAACAAUCAGAUUCACUGUGUUUUUUUCUCUCAGUAUUAUUCAUAAACCUAAAUGAGUUUGAUUUUAUUGGUUGAAAAUGAAGUGAAAUGGUGCAGGUUGGGUUUAAGCACUUUUUCUUGGUUAAAAACAAUAAACCUGAGUUAGACUACGUGUGCUGCUUUCCAGAUGAAAUGCUGACACAAGCAGGGGACGUUGUUCCAAAGGAGUUUCGGAAGAGGCCACGAGUAAGAGUAUGUAGAGGCCUGGGACACGAGUACGUGAGGUGUCCGUGCAGGAUGGCAAAUGCAAGAUGCCUUUGUUUUUACAAAAACGCAGUAUUAUCUAUCCUCAGACUGAGGUGCUGGGAUGGAGAGGGGGAGCCUGGGAGUGUGGGGCUGACCCCCCAGAGAUGGGAAUCCCCAGGCAACUCCAGGCCUGUCAGUGUCAGAGAUCACUUGGGUUCCCUUGGAGUUCUUCCACCCCAACCUCUAUUCUUUUUUAACAAAUACAACCAAGUUAAUAUUAUCAUGGAAAGGAGCCUUCAAGAAGCUUCCUUUUCUUUUGGUUGAAAGAAGAGUUAGUAAUCCUUUUACGUCAUCUCCCAAGACCAUAGCCCAAACUUGUGGGGCUAGCAGACGUCACUGGGUGUUCAAGAGGUACUUGAGAUUUAGCGUGCCUACCCCCUGACUUCACCCCUGAGGUCAAUUUUAGCCUCUUAGUUACCCCUCCCCCACCGCAGUGGGCAGAACAAGGCUGACUAGGGGGAGAGUGCCACCUUUGGCCCAGGCGAGGGUGGCCUGGUCACAGUGGGAGUUGAGUAGGUAAGGACUCAUCGGUACGUUCAGCCGAGGAGCCAUCCCUUUCUUCCUGCUUCUGAGGCUGCUUCUCCAAAAUACAGUUUCCAAAUUGUUCAAUCUAGGGCUCUUUCCCCCAAAUUCAAUAUCCUAGGGCUGUUUCCAGUCCCUGUGUUAACUCCUAAAGCAGUUUAACUCACUAUUGUGACCACUGAGUAUGUAUUACCAGCUGUGGGGCAGGUUUCCCUCAUACAGCCUGGCUCUGCCUAACUCUGAGGUACCCAGAAAGCAACCAUGGACGAGGAAAAUUCCGAAGACGUUAGUGGAAAGGAAUAUUGGAAGUGAGCACAUUUGUCACGUAGGAACAACGUAUUAAUUUUAAAUCUGACAUUGUUUCUGAGAGUCCUGUUUGAAGAGCAGUAGACCUAAGGGUAAAUAUUCAGAAAGAGUUCUGCAAGAAGAAUGGACGAAACCUUUUUUUAUGGUGAUAUUUCCCACCUCCACACCAUGUAAAAGACAGGAGUGUUUCUGAUGAUGUUUUUUCUUCCAUGGUAGGUUUUUAAAAAAUGCUUUUCUGUCAGGUUGAAAUAUUUCAAAGUGUCUCACUGAUAAGAACAUAACGUAAGUCAAAAUCUGAAGAGUAAUAUAUGGUAUGUUUGUGUUCCUGUUGUCAUAAUUUGAGUAUAAGAAAGUAUGAGGGCCGACUUGCAGUUUGAAUGUCACGCUUACGAUGUUGCAUGUUUGACAUAGCUUCUCAGACCAUGUAACCUUUUGUCCCUUUUGAAUUUUUAAAUUUUUCAUUAUAGUUAGUGAAUAUGAAAGUAUUUCUGAAUAAAAAUAAAUCUAAAUUAUA